ACACAGAGAGAGUAGGGUUUUGAUCUUCUUCUCUCUCUACCUUCUCUCCUCUCCUCCUUUAGCUGAACCGCACCAUCGGAGAAGGAAGCCAUUGUUGACGAAGGCCCCCGCCUCGCUCAAUCCCCAAACCCUAGCUCCCCGCCCCGCCCCGCCCCGCCCCGCCCCUCCUCCCUCCUCGGCGUCGGGGACUCGCAGGCUUUCCCGGAGGAACCUCGCGCUCCCCGACCCCCACCCCCACCGCCGGGACUUUACCCCCAUCUUGAGUGCCCGGAUUCGGGUCGGGUUAGCCGCUUCCGCUUCCAGAAUCCGGGCGCGCGGGGACCCGGGCCGGGAUGUCGCCGUAAUGUUGAGGUAGUGAAGCCAUGGAGGGGGACGAGCGGGAGUUGCUGUUGCCCUGCGUGAUUUGCGGAACCCUUUUCGCGGUUUUGGGUUCGGGUUCUUUUUCGAUACUAUGGUCUGUCAAUUGGCGGCCCUGGCGGAUAUACAGCUGGAUAUUUGCCAGGAAAUGGCCUGCUGUUCUACAAGGACCUCAGCUGGGCAGGCUAUGCGAUUUUCUUUCCAUCUCUGCUUGGGUGAUUGUCAUUUCUCCGGUGGCUGUGCUUAUCACAUGGGGAUGCUGGUUGAUUUGGAUACUGGGACAAGAUUUGAUUGGUCUUGCCAUAAUUAUGGCUGGCACUGCCCUCCUGUUGGCAUUUUAUUCGAUCAUGCUUUGGUGGAGAACACAGUGGCAAAGUUCGAGGGCUGUUGCUAUUCUUCUCCUUUUGGCGGUUUCCCUACUUUGCGCAUAUGAGCUUUGUGCUGUCUAUGUUACAGCUAGUUCAAGGGCAUCGGAGCAGUAUUCACCAUCGGGUUUCUUUUUUGGUGUAUCGGCAGUUGCCUUGGCAAUCAACAUGCUUUUUGUAUGCCGAAUAGUGUUCAAUGGAAAUGGCUUAAAUGUGGACGAGUAUGUACGUAAAGCUUAUAGAUUUGCGUAUUCAGAUUGCAUUGAAGUGGGCCCUGUUACAUGUUUACCAGACCCACCUGAUCCUAAUGAGUUGUACUUUCGGCAGUCUAGGAGGGCUUCACAUCUUGGAUUUCUUUAUGCUGGCUCUAUAAUCGUAUUGAUUGUGUACUCUGUCCUGUAUGGUUUGACUGCAAAAGACGCGCGUUGGCUUGGAGUAAUUACAUCAGCAGCUGUAAUAAUCCUUGAUUGGAACAUUGGGGCUUGCUUGUAUGUGUUUCAGCUUCUGGAGAGCCGUGUUUUGGUUCUUUUAAUUGCCGGCGCAUCUCGAGUUUUCCUUAUUUGUUUUGGAGUUCAUUUCUGGUACAUAGGACACUGUAUCAGUUAUGCUGUCGUAGCUUCUAUGCUGUUAGGUGCUUUUGUUUCUCGACAUCUAUCAGUAGCAAAUCCAUCAGCAGCACGCAGAGAUGCAUUGCAGAGCACGGUAAUUCGCUUGAGGGAGGGCUUUCGAAGGAAGGAGCAGAACAGUUCAUCCAGUUCGUCAGAAGGAUGUGGUUCCAGCAUCAAACGCAGUAGUAGCGCCGAAGCAGGACAUCUUGAACCCAAUUCCAGGGUUUUAGGUCAAAGUACCGUUGAUGCAAGCAGCUGGAAUAACCCCUUCUUGUGUCGCACUACUAGCUCUCGGGAGGGUAUUGUGAGUGACAAGAGCAUGGAUAGUGGAAGACCUAGUGUUGCGUUGAGGAGUAGCUCUUGCCGCUCAGUCAUUCAAGAGCCAGAGACAGUAACUUGUUUUGCUGAUAAGCAUCUUGACCAUAACAGCUCCCUGAUGGUUUGUUCGAGUGGUGGUCUUGACAGCCAAGGUUGUGAAUCCAGCACGUCUUCUGCAAAUCAACGAACUCUGGAUUUGAAUAUAGCUUUUGCACUCCAGGAAAGAUUAAAUGACCCUAGGAUCACCUCAAUGUUAAAAAAGUGUGGACGACAAGGUGAUAUAGAAUUAACUAGCUUAUUGCAGGAUAAAGGAUUGGAUCCUAAUUUUGCAGUGAUGUUAAAGGAAAAGUUGGAUCCGACAAUCUUGGCAUUAUUACAGAGGAGUAGUCUGGAUGCAGAUAGAGAUCACCGUGAUAAUACAGACGUCGUUGACUCAAAUAGUGUUGACAAUGUUUUGCCAAAUCGCGUUUCUUUGUCAGAAGAACUAAGGCUUCGUGGGCUUGAAAAAUGGCUUCAGCUUUCUCGCUUACUUUUGCAUCAUGUAGCUGGCACUCCUCAGAGGGCAUGGCUCAUAUUUAGUUUUAUCUUCAUCCUUGAGACUAUUGUGGUUGCAGUCUUUCGUCCAAAGACUAUCACGAUGAUAGAUACCUCACACCAGCAGUUCGAGUUUGGGAUUGCUGUUUUGCUUUUGUCUCUCGUUGUCUGUUCUAUAAUGGCUUUCCUUCGCUCCCUUAAAGCAGAAGAUAUGGCUAUGACAUCUAAACCUCGGAAGUAUGGUUUUAUUGCCUGGCUCCUCAGUACUUGCGUUGGGUUGCUGCUUUCAUUUCUGAGCAAGUCGUCAGUUCUUCUUGGAUUGUCCUUGACCGUACCUCUUAUGGUAGCAUGCCUUUCUAUUGGAAUUCCCUUAUGGAUACUUAACGGCUACCAGUUUUGCGUACCACGAGUCCACUCUGCAGAUCACCCUGAAAGCAACAUUACUCGUGGGAAGAAGGAGGGAGUGGUUCUUGUUAUUUGUGCAUCGUUGUUUUCACUGGCUGUGGUCGCUCUUGGUGCAAUUGUGUCUGCAAAGCCAUUGGAGGAUUUAGGGUACAAGAGUUUGACUCAUGAUGAGAAAAGCUUCAGUUCUCCUUAUGCCUCAUCUUAUUACCUUGGAUGGGCCAUGGCAUCUGCAAUUGCUUUAGUUGUUACUGGUGUGCUGCCCAUUGUUUCAUGGUUUGCUACAUAUCGUUUCACCCUUUUCUCCGCUAUAUGUGUUGGGAUAUUCAAAGCUGUCCUGGUGGCCUUCUGUGGUGUCUCCUACUUUGAGGUAAUUAAAUCCAGAGGCGACCAAGUUCCAAGGAAGGGGGAUUUUCUUGCUGCUUUACUUCCUUUGGUGUGCUUUCCUGCUCUGCUAUCGCUUUCUUCAGGAUUGUACAAAUGGAAAGAUGAUGGCUGGAAGCUUUCUCGUGGUGUAUAUGUGUUUGUUAGUAUUGGACUCCUCCUCCUGCUUGGUGCAAUAUCAGCUGUCAUAAUUGUAAUCACACCUUGGAUGAUUGGGGUGGCAUUUCUGUUAGUUCUCCUGCUUGUUGUACUGGCCAUUGGUGUUAUCCAUCACUGGGCUUCGAACAACUUCUACUUGACUAGGAUGCAGAUGUUAAUUGUGUGUUUCCUCGCUUUCCUUUUGGCUUUGGCUGCUUUCCUCGUUGGCUGGUUUAAUGAUAAACCAUUUGUUGGAGCAUCUGUGGGUUACUUCUCGUUUCUCUUUCUUCUUGGUGGAAGAGCACUCACAGUUCUUCUUUCACCGCCCAUUGUAGUGUACUCCCCUAGAGUGCUGCCAGUGUAUGUUUAUGACGCUCAUGCAGACUGUGGAAAGAAUGUCAGUGCUGCAUUUCUUGUGCUUUAUGGGGUUGCAUUGGCAAUUGAAGGAUGGGGUGUUGUUGCUAGUUUGAAAAUUUAUCCUCCAUUUGCUGGUGCUGCUGUUUCGGCAAUUACCCUCGUAAUUGCCUUUGGUUUUGCCGUUUCUCGUCCAUGCUUAACUCUCGAGAUGAUGGAAGAUGCAGUGCACUUCCUGAGUAAGGAAACAGUUGUUCAAGCAAUUGCUAGAUCUGCUACUAAGACUCGAAAUGCUCUAUCUGGAACAUACUCAGCUCCACAAAGAUCUGCCAGUUCUGCUGCACUUUUAGUUGGUGAUCCAACAGUUAUGCGCGAUAGGGCUGGAAAUUUUGUGCUUCCCAGAGCUGAUGUUAUGAAGUUGCGCGAUCGUCUAAGAAAUGAGGAGCAAGUUGUCGGGUCAUUCUUCUAUAGGAUGAGAUAUAGGACUUGUUGCCAUGACAGGGCUAGUGAUGUUGAUCACAGAAGAGAAAUGUGUGCUCAUGCACGAAUUUUGGCUUUGGAAGAGGCUAUUGAUACUGAAUGGGUGUACAUGUGGGACAAAUUUGGUGGUUAUUUACUUCUUUUGCUUGGUUUGACUGCAAAGGCAGAACGAGUGCAGGAUGAGGUUCGUUUAAGGCUCUUCCUGGACAGCAUUGGGUUUUCUGACCUCAGUGCGAAGAAAAUUAAGAAAUGGAUGCCAGAAGACCGUCGGCAGUUUGAAAUUAUUCAAGAGAGUUAUAUUCGGGAAAAGGAAAUGGAAGAGGAAAUCUUGAUGCAGAGACGUGAAGAGGAGGGGAGGGGUAAGGAAAGAAGAAAGGCUCUCUUGGAAAAGGAAGAACGCAAGUGGAAGGAGAUAGAAGCUUCUCUCAUAUCUUCUAUUCCUAAUGCUGGUAGCAGGGAGGCAGCAGCAAUGGCUGCAGCUGUGCGUGCUGUUGGUGGUGAUUCUGUUCUUGAUGAUUCUUUUGCACGAGAAAGGGUUGCAAGCAUUGCACGUAGGAUACACAAUGCUCAGUUGGCUAAACGAGCACUCCAGACAGGGAUUGCUGGUGCCAUAUGUGUACUUGACGACGAACCAACAUCCAGUGGAAGACACUGUGGUCCUAUUGACGGUAGUGUCUGUCAAAGUCGUAAAGUUAGCUUUUCUGUUGCUGCCAUGGUUCAACCUGAGUCUGGCCCAGUUUGUCUUCUGGGAACUGAGUUUCAGAAGAAGGUUUGUUGGGAAAUCCUAGUGGCUGGAUCUGAACAAGGUAUUGAAGCUGGACAAGUCGGACUAAGAUUGAUAACCAAAGGUGAUAGACAUACAGCGGUGAAGGAGUGGAGUAUCGGUGCAACGAGUAUUACCGAUGGAAGGUGGCAUAUUGUAACCGUGACAAUUGAUGCUGAAAUUGGUGAGGCAACUUGCUAUUUGGAUGGUGGCUUUGAUGGUUACGAGACUGGUUUGCCAUUGCCUGUGGGAAACGAUAUAUGGGAGCAAGGGACUGAGGUUUGGAUUGGGGUUAAACCACCCAUAGGUUUGGAUGCAAUUGGGAGGUCAGACAGUGAGGGAGCUGAAUCUAAGAUGCAUAUCAUGGACAUUUUUCUUUGGGGAAGGUGCUUAACUGAAGAUGAGGUGGCAUCUCUUCAUACUGCCAUUGGCUCUACUGAACUGAGCACAAUUGAUUUUAUCGAAGAUAAUUGGCAUUGGGCAGAUUCACCUUCCAGAAUUGAUGGAUGGGAAAGCGACCCGGCCGAUGUUGAUUUGUAUGAUAGGGAUGAUGUAGACUGGGAUGGACAGUAUUCAAGUGGCAGGAGAAGACGACCAGAACGUGAUGGGGUGGUGGUCGAUGUCGAUUCUUUUACUAGGAGGUUCAGGAAACCUAGGAUGGAAACUCAAGAAGAGAUUAAUCAACGGAUGUUGUCAGUUGAGUUGGCUGUCAAAGAAGCCCUUGCUGCAAGAGGUGAAACUCAUUUUACUGAUCAGGAGUUUCCUCCAAAUGAUAAUUCUCUAUUUGUUGAUCCAGGAAAUCCCCCUCCAAAGUUGCAGGUUGUUUCUGAGUGGAUGAGACCCACUGAAAUGUUGAGAGAGACCUGCUUGGAUUCUCAUCCAUGCUUGUUUUGUGGCACUGCUAAUCCAUCUGAUGUUUGUCAGGGCCGGUUGGGAGACUGUUGGUUCUUGAGUGCUGUUGCGGUCCUAACCGAAGUUUCACGUAUAUCAGAAGUUAUUAUUACUCCAGAAUAUAAUGAAGAAGGAAUCUACACUGUUCGCUUCUGUAUCCAGGGUGAGUGGGUCCCAGUUGUUGUUGAUGAUUGGAUUCCUUGUGAAUCUCCGGGUAAACCUGCAUUUGCCACCAGUAAGAAGGGCAAUGAGCUAUGGGUAUCUAUACUAGAGAAGGCAUAUGCGAAAUUGCAUGGUUCCUAUGAGGCACUUGAAGGUGGGCUUGUUCAAGAUGCGCUGGUAGACCUUACAGGCGGAGCUGGUGAGGAGAUUGACAUGAGAAGUGCUCAGGCUCAGAUUGAUCUUGCAAGUGGUAGGCUGUGGUCUCAGCUGCUGCGGUUUAAACAAGAAGGAUUUUUGCUUGGUGCUGGCAGUCCUUCAGGUUCCGAUGUUCAUAUUUCUUCCAGUGGCAUUGUGCAAGGGCAUGCUUACUCAUUGUUGCAGGUAAGAGAGGUGGAUGGUCAUAAGCUUGUUCAAAUUCGUAAUCCAUGGGCCAAUGAAGUUGAGUGGAAUGGACCUUGGUCUGAUUCGUCACCUGAGUGGACUGAUAGGAUGAGACACAAGCUGAAACAUGUUCCGCAGUCAAAAGAAGGAAUUUUCUGGAUGUCUUGGCAAGAUUUUCAAAUACACUUCCGAUCCAUCUAUGUCUGUCGCGUCUAUCCUCCAGAGAUGCGCUACUCAGUCCAUGGCCAGUGGCAUGGUUUCAGUGCUGGUGGAUGCCAGGAUUAUGACACUUGGCAUCAAAAUCCUCAGUUCCGCUUGAGGGCGAAUGGUCCAGAUGCAUCAUCGCCAAUGCAUGUGUUCAUUACCUUGACUCAGGGUGUGAGUUUCUCAAGGACUACUGCUGGUUUCAGAAAUUAUCAAUCUAGUCAUGAUUCAUUGAUGUUUUAUAUUGGGAUGAGGAUACUCAAAACUCGUGGUCGUCGUGCUGCUUAUAACAUAUACCUACAUGAAUCAGUUGGGGGGACAGAUUAUGUAAAUUCACGAGAGAUUUCAUGUGAGAUGGUACUGGAUCCUGAUCCCAAGGGUUACACGAUUGUGCCUACAACUAUACAUCCUGGUGAAGAAGCGCCAUUUGUUCUAUCUGUUUUCACCAAAGCAUCAAUAACCCUGGAGGCUUUGUAAUUUGCAUCAGUGGCUUUUCCAUAGCCGCUUCAUCCCUGAGCUGAGGACAAGCCCCUGCAAGCAUGUGUGCUUGGCUUGAACGCCUGCACCUGCAAGUAGAUUUUGGGACCACGAGCCGUGCUCGAAUUUUCAGUGCCAGCAGGUCUAGCAGAUACCUUGAGAAAGCUUAAUGGCUUUGAAGAUCACCCAAGGGCUUCUCGAACCUCAGAUGAUAUACUAUUUUGGAGGAUUGCAGCCAUGGAAGAUGUCAUUCGUGUAGAGCUCGAGUUCCAUUAUGAAGACAUGUCGACUUGAUCUUGUGCAGCUGGAAUUCAGAGGCCAUCUCAGCCUGAUCUCGCUUGAGUUUUUUGGCUCCAUGCCAGCAUCAACGAGGGUUCUCGUGGUCCCCCUGUAAAUGAGUAUUUUUCAAGAUGAGAAUAUGAUUAUUUAUUUUGUAAAGGGCGGAAAUAUCGAAAAGCAUAUGACAAAUAGUUCACACAAAUCGCUUCCCUCACAAGGGGAAAAGAUUGAGAAAAUGCUGUAGCUAGAAAAAUGUAAAGAUGUGCUGCAGUUUGUUUUGUACUCGUAGGAGAGAGGUGGAUAUUGUAUAGUGCUCAGUUUGCAAUAUAAUGCAGGAAUUCUAUCGUUUUCCUACUUCA